AUGAAUGGUAGUACAAAUCGUUCAGAUUUAAUACCAUCCAUUAUAAUUGAAGACUAUUCCGGUUCUCAAACAUCGCGAAUACAUUCAGGUGAACAAACACCGGUUAGCAGUCAUUUUGGUUCAAUAGCUAGUGAUGAACAAAGUGUUACAAGUAGUCAUGGUAGUAAACACCAAAAAUCACAUUUAUCUGGUCGUAGACUACGUUCAAGAUUGAAGGCAUUGAUUCGAUAUAAAUCAGAUAAGCAACAACAGCGAGAACAAAAAGAACAACAAUAUGAUCGUACUAAUAAAAAAGUCUUGGAGAUACUAGUGAUCCUGGAGCUAAUUCUUCGUCUAACACUAUUACUAGUUAUCAUACAAAUAAACAAGUAUUAA